ACACCUGGAAACAACAAGACCACACGGAGUCAAGAGAAACACACAGACUGAUGAAUCCAACACGAGGCCGGAGGUGCAGUUGUGGAGUGUGAUGUCCCUGACCUGCAGCGUCCCAGCGCUGGGUUUUCUGUGUCCAUUUCUGAGCUCCACACGUUGACACCAUGCAGAGAAGGACCAGAGCCCCCUUCAUCCUCAUCUUCCUCACUGAAAGAAAAACAGAAAAUUGGAGGCGGUUGCUACCGAGAAACAAGUACACAGGAAAGUGAAGAAGGAAAACUUGCUAGUGGACAUGGCAAAGUUAUAAUUCAGAUAAAUGUGCAAAUUAUCAUCAUGCACUGGAUUUUACCUUUCGGUGAAGUGUUUUUUUUCUUGCUCUUUCCAGGUCAGAGCAGGACCACGGUCUGUGUGAUGGAAUUGUUCAACAGUGACACACUGAGAAACCAUGACCUGGCCAGCACGCUCUUAUAAAGGCCUCCCUUAACUCCUGCAGCCAAUCCCCUCACCAUCUGCCCCCGCCCACUCCAGAAGGGCUGUGACACACUCUGUAGCAUGUGAGCACACUGGACGAAGACACAACAUGCUGCUGUGAGUGUUUUCGGGGACUGCACUCCCGAUGGGCCCUAAUCCAGGGGAGGUGUUUGAUGUAGCAGGGUGGCUCCAGCCAGCGGAGCAUUCUUGCGGCCGACCGUAAUCCAAUCUGCUCGGCAUCUGGGCUACGACAAUCCCGGCCAGCCCUGAUCCCUUCAGUUGUCCUGAUAGAUCAAAACCCGAGGGGCUGCAAUUCAAAGCAGCUGGAGAGAGGAUAAUAUGGAUGUCGGGAUUAAUAUGGAAAGAGAUUUAUGACAGGACUAAUUUCUGGAGUCCACCGCUCUGCAGGAGUAGACUGACUUUCUUCCAGCUCUGCCGCUUGGAUCGUCACAGGCCGAGGAAAGUCUGACAGCAGAGGACCGGCAGAGCCAGAGUGUGAGAUAAACAGGCCUCGGUCUUUCUGUUUUUAACUCACUCACUGCUGGUUAUUGGCCCACAGCAGCAGAUCUUCCCAUAAUGACUUCAUCAGAGGAGCCAGUCUCCAACCAAAAGGUGAAACAUGUGGAUUCUCGCUCUUCCUCCUGAAUCAAAUGUUGGUGUUGGGCAUAGACACGAGUCGAGCAGGAUGAUGAGCUGAGCUGUUGUCGUGCGUCAUUCGGCCUCAAAGUCUGGCAGGUGGAAAAUAAUCACUCCCACAUUGUAGCUGCUGCUCCAUGCCCUCAGAGCUCUAAACAAAAACCAGGGCAGUGCAUGAUGUGGUUCAAUGUUUUCGCUGGGAUUAAUGCAUGGAUGGCAGCUCAGACAAAAAAUGCAGUUCCUCUGUUGCUGUACGCUCACUACCUGAACAAAAGUAACUCACUCUGUUCAUCCGUACAACCCAGACAAAAGCUGGUUUAAAUAAAUAUGAAUAUAAUAAUUAUUUGAUUGUCUGCAAGGUCAGAUCUGUGUUUCAUUAAUCAGUUCAUGGUCCGUGUAGCUCUUAUCAGCAACAUUUCUAUUAUGAAAAAUGAAGAAUUGAGAAUUUAAUUCAUUUCAAUUGAUUUUAUUUGCUUCUUGCCGCUGCUGAGGAGGUUGUGUUUUCCUCAGAGUAUAAUUGUCUUCUUAACACUUGGUGGUAGGUUUGAGGAUUGGAAGAACUCACCAACUUUGGCCUGGAUAUUUAUUUUUCCUGGCUCCUAAUCCAUGAAGGAAAUGGGGCUUAUUUAAGGGACUGAUAUAAAAGAGUUUGUGCAAUUUAGUGCGGCUUGAUUUGAUUUAAGGACAAUGUUGGGCUUCUGUUGAGUAAUUUUCCGCAAGUAAAUUUCACGAGUCAAAAGUCUCUUGUCCUUCUUGGUCUGAGUUUCACUGUUGUGUGUGUGAGAGUCUCUCAUGCUGCGCUGACCAUGUAAUCCCCUCACUGUGACUCUCACAUGAUGAAGAAAUCUCACGGAACACAGCAGCCCGGGGCUGAACGUGGUUACUCCACCUCAGCUCACAUGCUCCACUGUUGCCCCCCCCUUUCCGUCUGUGCUCCACAUUAGCUUUAGUCAUUCAGACCUGAUAUAAGCACAGGGAGGAUCAUCACAUCCCACUGGUCGACAACAUGAGGAGAUAUUUGGAUAUAAGACAGAUUCCUUUGCCGUGGUCGAGGAGGGACAAUACGCAGAAUGAGUCCAGUCCCCUCAUACCAAAGGCAGACUCGUCCAAAGAGGGUGCUCAGGAGCUCGGCUAUGUCACCAAUGAACAGGACCACGACAGCCCUGUAUUCUCAAGGAUCCAAACCUACUACAGAUAUUCAUUGAUGGACUAUUUCCUAAAAUACUUCCUGUUCCUGUGUAACCUGGUGUUUACGGCUCUGGGCCUUGUGGUUCUGGGCCUGGGGAUGUGGGGCCUCAUCACCAAAGAGUCAUUCGCCCAGGAGUCGAUCGGCAGCAUCGGCACCGACCCCAUGCUGAUACUUGUGACUCUGGGCUUCGUGCUGACUGUGCUCUGCCUGUCCGGCUGUGUGGGCGCCCUGAGAGAGAACUGCUGCUUACUGAAGCUGUUCUCCGUCGCCGUGCUGGUGCUUAUCUCAGCCCAGAUGCUGGCGGCCAUUGUUGCCUACAGUCUCCAAGAUCAGAUCGGGAGCUACCUGCGGUCAGGAAUGUUAACGGCCAUGGCGCGCUAUCAGGAUGACCUGGACCUGAGGUUCAUCACAGACGAGAUUCAGUCCAAUCUGCAGUGCUGUGGGGCAGAUAACUACCGCGACUGGGAAGUCAACAUAUAUUAUAACUGCUCAGCUCCAGGAGUGCUGGCCUGCGGUGUUCCUGCGACCUGCUGUGUGGACCCUCUGCAGAACGGCACAGUGUGGAACUCGCAGUGUGGCGUGGGAGCCCAGCUGCUCGAUGAGUUCACCGCUCAAAGUGUGAUCUUCCUGGGCGGAUGUCUGGGGGGGAUCUCCCGCUGGAUCGAGCAGCACAACGGCCUGAUAGGGACGGUCGCCGUCGUCGUACUCGGGGUCCAAAUUCUGACUCUGUUUGUGACUACGCGACUGCUGGAAAUCAUCCAGAGGCAAAAAGUGUAUAUGUGAUCUAUUAUGGACAUCGAAUGAGGGCUGACUGCUUUGUUUGCAUUCUGGCUUUGUUUGUUUGACACAACCACAAGCACUUUCUUUCAGCUUGCUUGUCAAGAAAGUUCACUGAACCUGUGCAGCUCCAGAGGAAAAGACAAAACAAUUAGACAUUUAGUUAACAAAAAAUGUCGAGGUGCUAAAUGCAGAAUGCAUUAUUCGCCCAGCGAAUAUACUUGUUUUAAAAUAACAACAAAUUCCAUGAACACAAGCUCAGACACAAAUCACACUUCGCUGCAGAUAAAGAACAAGCAGCAAAGAUAAUAAAUGGGUGGAUGAGACCAACUCAGCAUUUACCACUGAAUCCAUAGUAUGUGCCUUACACCUUCAUUGUGCUGGAAAACCGUCUCUUCUCUUGGACAAGUUGUGUUUGUGUCCCGACAUCAAACCAGGAUAAGAACCUGUCACCAUCUCACUAAGGUUGACUUGAACAUAACAGAAGCUUAUUUUUAGCCUCAUGAGCUGUUGAAGAAGUUAUGAUGUGAUAUUUAAAAAAUUGCAGUCCUUUGAUUUUGUGCCACAGGUUAAAUGAAAAGAUCAACACUUCCCUAUCAGUACAUUAUUGUGAACACUGUAAAACCACAAUUUGUCAUUAGUAUAUACUGUGGAUAUUGUACAUAUUAAACAAACAAAACAUAACAUGUUAAUGAGCUUAACAAGAUUCAUCAGCUAUUUGCUCUACUCUUCAUUUAAAAGGGACGAAUAAAGCCUUAUAAUGGAAACAGU